UUCGAUUUGCAAAUAGGAGUGAUUCCUUGUAGGCGGAAUAUCCUAUAAUGAAUCCGACGGCCUCGGACCCUCAAUUGUUGAAACACAAUCGGACAAUCUCUAACACUUCGACUCGCAGUGAGGGUGAUGGGAUGGAGGCCCCUCGGAAAGAAGAGAUUCCAAUGCCAGUGCUCACCCAUGCUCAUCCGAAAUUCGUGCCCAAAGAACCUUACAAAGCAGCCGUCGGGCUUUCGAAAAAAGACCACGAGAGAAACAAACUCUUGAGACGAGUCGACGAGUUGGAACGAGAAAUUGAUCAAUUGAAGGAGCAGUACAAGAUCCAGGUAGAGGUCAACUCUGACCUUAAGAAGCUGCUUGUGGCGUCCCUCGGGGAAGACAUGCAGGAACGAGUGCAGUUCCUCACAGAAGACAAGCAGCGACUCGCGUCUGAAAUUUCGUUCUACACCCGAAAACUGCAAAAAGAGAUUGGCCACAUCGACGAAUUGAAUAUCGAAUGCGAUGUAUGGCGUACCAAAUACCUAGCGACGAGUCUCCUGGUCACCGAACUCGCUACCGUGAAAGCUGAGCUCAAUAAAAGAUGCGACGAUUUCGAGAGGGCUGUGGAAGUGAGCAAACAAGAGAGGUCUCGACUCACGGACGAUAUUUUCAAGGCUCAUAAUUUGAUGCGCGAGACCCAGAGAUGCGUAGAACCGUUGAUAAACUACAAGAGACAUCCGUCGAACACGAUAGAGUGUAGCCAGAGUUUGCUUCAAGUCGCUCAGCAAAUCGCCAACAAGUUCGGCGUGACGGCGCCUACGACAAACGAGGUUCUCGGCCAGACGCAUGCGGAGAAAACGUGCGACAUCGCUCUCAAGCAAUACAGGGCCUUGAUGCACGCGAUAACUUCGAAAGCUGUGACGGCGUUCGUGGACGAAAGUACCGACGAACCGGCGCUCCAGACCACCGGAGUUCCGACAUGUUUCGGGUGUCAGAAAUGUCAAGGACCAGCCAUUGUAAUUUAAAUGACUCCUAUCUUUAAUGCUCAAAGUCUAGGCUGAGCUUCUCUCCCCAGAGAGAGAGGUGUCAUCUAAGAAAAAUCGUGUCUUCGGAAGCUUUUGCAAUGAAUUGAAGCACGGAGACAUAAGCGAGACCGAUCUUCCCUAUUCGCCGCUCAACGACGACAAACUUUCAUCGCCGAAUUUCCAAAUGUACAUAUAAUGCGUAAGCUUCACGGCUCAUUUGUACAUGCAUCGACUGC